ACCCUCACCUCUCACCACUACACUGGUCCUUGGACUGAAGUGGUCACCUCCUCCUCGGCUCCACCAUGCUUCCCAGGAUCCAGAGGAGCAUCUUCCAUCUCGGGGAGGAGGGUGGUGAUGUCCAAGUCCACCGCGGCGCUGAUGAUCGCCAUGGAGAUAACAUUGUUGACAUCCAGCGGCGCCUCGGGGGGCACACCCACGGCCGCCGGCUGCGGCGAGGAGGACGAGACGCCGCCGACGUCGUUGUCGGGCUGCAGAUCCUCGUCCAGCACCACCCGCAACCGUGCCACGUCGUCCUGAAGCAGAUGGUCAGCUCGCCGCCGGCGCGCCACCGCCGUCCGUGCAGCUUCUCGGGAGCCUGCUUCCUUUGCCGGAGGGAGCUCAGUCCCGACAAAGACGUGUACAUGUACAGGGGCGACCAGGGGUUCUGCAGCGAGGAGUGCCGGCAGCGGCAGAUCUUGGCGGACGAGGCCAGAGAGCACGAGGCCAUGGUCAACAAGGAGCGUCGGGGUCUGGCGCACCGUCGUCACCACCACGGGCCACGCGCGGCACCGCCGGUGGCGAUCCGGGGCGAGCCGACGAGAUUACUGGCUGUAUCCUAGCUUGAUUAUGAUGCAUGCACGAACAUGACAUCCAUGAACAGAACGAGCAAGAACCUAUGACGCUGGGAAGCUGGUUGCAAGUAAUCGAGGUGCAAAUUAAGAAGAACAAUAUGGAUAAUUGCGUAUACGGCGAGGUGAGGGUGAGAGUGAGAUGGUAUAUUAUGAUAGAGAGACGUUGAAGUAGGGUGCAUGUUUUUUCUUCAGGCUGGUAAGUUCGGAUCUGUAGCCACGAUGCAACUAAUGUAAUCUGCUCCUGGCCGCCUGUUAAUAUGUGCACAUCCGGUUAAUUCUAGACGGAAGAAAGUAAGAAAGAAUAAUUGGUACACCGAAA